UCUGCAACAACAUUCCAACUGCAAAGAAGUAUGACUUAACCAAUUAUUUACUAUACAGGUAGUUGGUUCUAAUUAGAAAUUCGUAUCAGGGUUGAAAAAAUUGAGUAGCGGCAACACUGUCAGGAGAUCACCAAUUGUUUGAUGAUGUGUUUGACAUUUCUUCUUGACUGCUGUGUUGGUUAUUAAAUAUUUAUAAUUUGUUCUUGUAGGAUUUAACAUUUCUGUUACUUGCAUUGUAUUUAUAUUUCAAUUAAUUUUCUUAUCAAAUAUAGUAAAAAGUGACUUGUUUUAAUUAUAUUUUUAAAUAAGUUAUUGAAUAUGUCGAAUAAAUUCGAUGGCUUCAGUCAAGAUGAGAUAAACAAAGUCUCCGGAGUCGUUAAGAACAGAACUGAUCGAGGUCAGCCAAUAGCGGAAGCGACAGUAAAACCUGCAUUUCGAGGUCAGCAUGGUGGAAUAAGACGCAUGCCAGAGAAGGGUUCAAGAUCAAUUGAUUCUCAAAGAAAACAAAUUCCAAGCUCUCAAUCAUCGACCAAAUCAGCGCCUACGGUAUUAAGUGAAAAAUCCAGCAAAAGCAAAAAUGGUGAAACAGAAAAUCAUAUAUUUGAUCAAAUCAACCUUGAUGACAGCAUGUCCAAAUCGCUUGAGGAUGCGCUUUUCUAUCCACCACUACGAAAGCCGAACAAAGAUUUAAAUGAAAACAAUACAAAUGGCACACAUUCUGCUAAUGUGCACAAUACCCAAUUAGAUGAUUCCUCAAUACUAAAGUUGCCAGACGUGGAUAAUAAUGUAAAUUCCACAUCCACAAAUGAAGCUAAUGACUCUUCAAUACUGCCAACACCUUCGUCAAAAGUGUCUACACCUACAGCAGAGACCUUAAAUACUGAUUCUCCAUUUAAAGGCGUAUCGUUGCGGGAAUUUGAAACGCAACGGAAGUUAAUCGAGGAACAAAAUAAACAUAAGAAAGAGCUUCUAUGUAAAGCUAUCGAGCUACACUCACAGAAAACAGCAGCAGAAGCACGAAAAAUUGCCGAAAUCAAGCAGGAACUUGCCAAAUUGGAUAAUGAUCUGGCGCUCGACGUUUCAAUACUUCGCAAACAAAUUGACAAUGCGUGUAUUUAUUUUUCGCAAGUCGAGAAACAGUAUAUUAAAAUAGAGGCUCAAUUCUUGAAGGCCAAAAUAGAUUUGCAUAAUGCAGCAGAGAAGAAAGAAUUACUUACCGAGCAUUUGUGUACAGUGAUUGCGCACAAUGAGGAUCGGAAAGCGCAAAAGCUUUCGGAAUUAAUGCAGAAAGUGGGUCUAACCGAAACGGGAGAUUUGGAAGUAGGAGGGCCAAGCGUGUUGAAUGGUGGAAACCAUUAAAACUAAAACGUUGUAAAACAUAUUUAUAUCUCAAUUACUUAUACUCGGGAACCUAAUAUAAUAUUGUAACAAAAUAAUUGAUAAAGCUGUAUAAAAUACGUAUAUGUAGACAUUUGA